GGGACAAUGGUCUCCAGUCAGAUCCAGGUCAAAACAAGCAGAACCCAUCUACGGAUAUGCGUGAAUCAGUCCGAUCCAGAGGGGUCUGGCUCCUCACAGGCAGGUAGACAGAGGUAGACCACUGGAGAUCUGGCUGAGAGGAAAACAAGUAAAUACUAAUGCAAGAUGCUCGAUUAGACAAAUAUUGGCUGCUCUGGCUGGGGCUCAGGUAAAGAUAUGGAGAUGUUUGACAGACUAAUUGAAUCUGACUGAUGGAAAUGAAGUUUUACAUGAAGAGUUUGUCAACUGAUGAUUGCAGUGAACCAUUAGGACAACAACUUCAAGGACAUCUUGCCUUUUUGUCAUUCAAUUACACCAGCAAAACUAGGACUUAGAGUUCAUCCAAAAAAACUUCUAUCCUUUUUUCUUCUUACAUUUUUUUCUUCAACUUUUUGAGUAUUUUCUCACAUUACCAGAUGAUGAGGACAGACCAUAAAGGCCGGAGUGCCUCCCCCCACAGGAUAACUUAUAAAUCCGACUUCCAUGCUAUCAAAUGUUCAUUUGACACGGGAAACAUUCUACAUGCGUCUUCGGCUGCUGCCCAUCGCACUGCUGCACAUCCAAACAAGCUGCUGUCUACCAUGUCAGAUCCCAUCAUGUCUCAUGCCGGCACAGACAGCCGCAGCAGAGGCAGGAUCCAAAGCACGAGGGGGACCAAAAUCCGAGAAAACAUCUUCCUUCAAAUGGACAACCCGCAGUCAAGACAAGAUCCGGUACUGAGUUCAGGCUCCACACCCCUCCUGCUUUUCCCAAAGCCCAACUCCCAAUCUCAAACUUCCCCUGUUUUUGGAUCCAGACGUUCAAUCAUCAGCUCUUCUUCUGUUUUGAGUUCUCUCACUUCUACCCAAGAAAAAAAUCUGGAAAAUAAACCCUCUAAAUCAGAGGAAAUAUCAGACGUCGACAGAGCAGCUCUGGCUCAGAAGUUCUCUGUAACAAGAAAGUUGUUUGAGUCUAAAAUGAUGGAGGUUGGAGAUAAUGGAGUUCAGACUUCGAAACCUGGUAUAAUCAGAGGAAGCAAUGGUGCUGCAGAAUCAAAAGGAGAGAUGGAACAGAAGCUGGCAACAAGUGACAAGAUGAAGCACACAGAGGGAAAUGGUUUAGAUAAACCCAAACCCGUAAAUCAGCUCAUAAAUACUGUGACUCUAGAACCUCAUGCGGUGAAGUCUGUGUCAAAGGGCUCUAAAUUUCCUGGAGUGCAUGGACCUGAUGAAGGACCCAACAAAUCACCCUCCCAUCAUGACAAAUGUGAUGAAACCACAACAUCACAAAUGGAGGCAGAAAGGAUGACUUUUAACCCCUUUGUGACUCCUGAGGAGACUCUGAGGGCAGAACGAGUCAGCAUCAACAACGAAUCAUCCGAAAGUGAGGAAAAUGAAGAGGAGAAAGUGUGGAAUGAGAAUAAACACUGGCUCAAAGGGGAGAUGAGGGUGUCUGAGAGCCAAAAUGAAGGAGACCGUGAGGAGGCCCUUAUAGAUGAAGUCUUUGAGGAGCCCGUUGUGGAGCUGUUUGAAAAAGAGGAAGACGAGCUGAUUGUUUCCUCAGAAGAUUGGCACUGGAAAAAAAUGACUGAGGAUGGUGAGGAGGGCAGAAUAGACAUGUGUCAGCAAGUGAACAAACAGAGGGAGGGUGAAAGGGAGGAGCUGAGCAGCAACUUGAUUGCACAAUAUGAGGAGGAAUCAACAGUGGAGAGAGACGUUGAGAAGAACAACAUGGAGACAAAGUUAGAAGAAAGUGUUGAAGUGUUAGAGGAAGUCAGAAAAGAGGAUACGGACGGUAGAGAAGAAGUUUCAAGGCAAUCUCAAAGUUCUGAAGCAAAAGAAACAUCCGAGGUGCUUGAAAUGGAGAUAACAAAUGGGAUCGGUAAAGGAGGAAGUGAUGGAGCUGACGGUGUGACAGAUGAAGAGGACCAAAUGGUAAUCUCUGGGAUUGAGAAUAAGGCCUUCGUAUACGAACAAGACUCCCAUGUGGAGAUUUUAGGAGCAAAAGUGGAGCAGGAAGACUCUCCACACAGUGAAGAUCAGUCGGAGGUGGAGUAUGAGGAAAUUCCUGGUAUUCCUGAAUUGGAUGAGCAGGAGGAUGAGGAGACAUCUGACGAUGUGAAGAGGAAGGUCAGGUUCUCUACUGCACCCAUCAAGGUGUUCAGCACCUUUUCUAAUGCGGAGUACGACCGGAACAACGAGGACAUCGACCCAGUGUCGGCUUCAGCUGAGUUUGAGCUGGAAAAGAGGGUAGACAGGAUGGAUGUUUUCCCAGUAGAGAUCCAGAAAGGUGAGGAUGGACUGGGCAUCAGUAUAAUAGGAAUGGGUGUGGGAGCAGACCAGGGGCUGGAGAAAUUAGGAAUCUUCGUAAAGACGGUUACUGAAGGCGGAGCAACACAUAAAGAUGGACGGAUCCAGGUGAACGAUCAGAUAGUGGAGGUUGACGGCAGGAGUUUGGUUGGAGUGUCUCAGCUAUUUGCAGCAACGGUCCUCAAGAACACGUCAGGCCUUGUUAAGUUUUUAAUCGGCCGAGAGAAGGAUGGCGUGGAAAGUGAGGUGGCACGACUAAUCAACGAAAGCUUGGAAAUGGAUAAAACAAAAAGCAAAAAUAGGGAAAGCAAAAGUAGUGGAGAUGAAGUCAGUGAUGCUAUGACAGAGAGGAGUUCUGUUGAGGAAGAAGAGGAUGAAGAGGAGGAAGAUGAUGUGGAGGAGGAGGAGGAGAAUGUGUCCCUUUUGUCCAGUCUUGACAACGACCAGCUCUGUCUGAAAUACCAGCAGCUUCAGGCAAAAAUGCGACGCAUUACAGCCCAGCUUCACUGUGCCAAAGAAAAGAUAAGAGCAUGGGAGGAGCAGGAAGCCAGCUGGGUAAGAGAGAAAGCUGAGCUGCAGCAAAAAGUUGAGGAAGAAGAGGAGAAAGCCGAGAAACUAGAGAAAUACUGGCAAGAGGCUCAGACUCUCUGCAGAGUCGUGAGUCAGCGGCUCGCUGAUGCACAGAACCAAAAUGAGAGUCUGGAGGUCAAAUACAACAAAGCCAAAAGACUGGUCAGAGAGUACCAGAGCAGAGAAGAGGAGGUGGAACAAACACUUACAGAUUUGAGGAGAGAAAUGGAAGACCGGGAAAAGCAACACAGAGAAACCAUUGAAAGACUGCAAAUGCAGCUGGGACAUUCAGAAAGAACAGAGCCUGAUCCACAAAUGAAGAACGAAUCUGUGGAGUCUUCAGCCACAGACUGGUAUGUUCCACUUCCUAAUACGGAUCGUUUGGACUCCAGCGCACACAUAGCCAGGGCCCAGCUAGCCCAGAAGUCUAAGCGCCAUCCACCGUCACGAGACAAGCUUCGAGAGAGUUUCAAGAAGCAGGAGGAAGGUGUCACAAAACCAGAGGAGAACCAAUCCCUGCCUUCUUCUACAACGGUCCAAAGCAGCCGGACUGAACCGUCUAAUGCUAAUUCGCUCUCAACAGCCGGUCCUCAGCCUCCCACCAGCUCUCUGUCAACUCCUCCUAUUCUCAUCUCAGACACAGAAACGCCUUCUCCAUGUAAAUCCUCGACCUCUAAAAAAUCAAAGAGGAAGUUUCCAGACUUUAGUGGCUUUCGCAAGUCUCUCAGCAGGCGGACAAGUGAAAAAAACAACAGAUCUGCAAACAGUAGGGGAUCCUGUGGUGACUUGGUGGACGAGCCAGCUGAAGUUUCUCCGUCUGGCUCGGUGAACUCCGUCCCUUCCUGCCUUCGACUUCCCUGGUUUGGAGAAAGGGGAAGAGAGAAAGCCGGAGAAAGGGAGAACAUCAGGGAGAGGUUACGGUCCGUUUCCAGCAGCAGUUUGCCUUACCUGACAACCACAGGUAGAAGAGAUCAGACUAUUGGUUCUCCUGUGGGCAGCUCCAGCAUGGUGGGUCAUGUCUCUGAUUACUCCCUCUCUGGAAACUCUCAUACUUGCACCUUUUCCUCCUCUGAGACUUUAGAUGACUGUCCUGUUCCGAAUAAUAACAACAACCAGUGGCAGACGAGACCGGUGUCGGAGUGGAACAACCAGCAGGUCUCCCUGUGGCUCAUUGCCAUGAACAUGGAUCAGUACACAGCUGAGUUCGCUGCAAAAGGCUUGGAUGGAACGCAGCUGCUGAACUUGGACAGUCAAAAGCUUAAGGCUCUCGGUGUUUCCAGUCAAAGCGACCGGUCUAUCAUCAAGAGGAAGCUGAAGGACAUAAAGAGAAGAGAGGAGAAAGAGCAGAGGAAAGAGGAGAAAAAGCUAAAGGAGGGUGAAGGAAAGGUAAUGGGUAUAAAGGAGGAGGAGAAGUCUGUAAAAAGCAUCGGACGCAGCGGCCAAACUGUUCGAACUGAAUCCCUUUUAUAGUUGACUGGCUGAAGGAAGAUGCACCACCAGCAUAAGAGAAUAGUUAAACGUCCGACAAACCUGUUUGUGAUAAACAAAGCAAAUCAAAUGAAAUCUCUAUUUCUCUCCACUGGUGAAGAAUAAUGGCUAAGUCGUGUUCAAACCAGUUAUUCCAGCACCAAAGUUCAUAGGAAUUCUAUGUAUUCUUAAAGUGUAAGGACUGUCUCACAGUGCUUUUUUAAUUAUGAACCAUCUUUAGAAUGAUUUUAUUAUUUAAAGUUGUCCAGAUUCUUGCAUAUAUGUAUUUGUUGUAAGGUUUUUUUUAUGUGUUAAUAAAUAAAACUCAAAACUUU